AUGCCAGAUCCUCAUGAUCCAAGGUAUUCGAACAGUUAUGACAUGUUUAUGAGAGGUGAAGAGAUUCUUUCUGGAGCGCAGCGAAUUCACGAUGCAGAAUUCCUUGUUGAACGAGCCAAGCAUCACAAUAUAGAACUCGAAAAAAUCCAAGCCUAUAUUGAUUCGUUUAAGUAUGGAUGUUCACCCCACGCCGGCGGCGGAAUAGGUCUCGAGCGAGUAACGAUGCUAUUCCUGGGCUUGCACAACAUUCGGCUCGCUUCGAUGUUCCCCCGUGAUCCGAAACGAAUUACACCCUAA